AUGUCUAGUCAAUCAACAAAGGAUAAGAGUAGUCAUAGUGAUUCACUGCCAACUCCACCUAAAGAACGUCAGACAUUCCUUCCAAAGCAGCCAUUACCUCCUUCAGUUGAUAUUAAUAAUGUCCAACCUUUAGCAAUUCAAGAUAAUCCGUCGACAUGGGCAUUUAUUAAGGGACAUACAAAGUAUUGCAUCAAGAGUAGUAUACAAUUUAUAUUCAAGGACAACAAUUUACCAUUACUUGUUAAUAUGAUCUACCACUUGAUUGCAGCAAGAGCACUCAUGGCACGACCAUGGAAGACGACACACAGAUAUAUUUAUAUUGCUUCACCCCUUGGAUCAUCGUCUAAAUCACUUCGAUAUCAGAUUGAGCAAACAACGGCUAUUGCUGUCGAUACCUUUCGUGCACUGGGUGUGAUGCAUUUAGCACUCGGUGUUUUAUCGGCACUGGCAUUAAAAGAGCGAAGACAAUCCUCAGAGAGGUCUGCUCUGGUUGUGCUGACGUUGGCAUCCCUUGGAAAUGCAUGGGCACAUAUGAAUGCAUACUGGCAAAAGACAGGGUCACAGUAUACGUUAAAGGCCAUUCAAGAAAUAGGAUCAUCUAAUUUAUUUGUAUUGGUGAUGAGCUCAAUUGCAUUAUCCAAGACGAUCAAACGAACUGGAAGGUUUAUCUAA